AUGUCAAGGUCUGGCUCAUCUAGAUUAUCUAUCUACGUGAAACAAAAGAUGGAUCAAUUACAAGUAAAAGGAGAUGAGAUUGGUCAAGGAUUGAUUAUAGGACAGAAUCAAGUAUUUAUUGGGUCUGUUCCAACUCCACCUUUAUAUGGUGAUGACAAUCAAAUAACAAAGUACAAGACAAUUAAAGAUUUCGAUCAGAUUUGGAUAUCUGAACAUGCAAGACAAGUAUCUAAACUAAUGUAUGGAGGUGUUUCAGUGGUCGGUAUCUAUCUAUCAGUACCAUCAAUUGCAACAUUGACAACAGAUUCUAAAAAUGAUUCAUUAUUAUGGAAGAUAUUGAAAUCAAUAAGAGAUAGUUUGAUUUCAGAUAGAAAAUGUAUGAGACAAAGAGAGGAAGUAGUUGUUUAUUCACAAACACUUGAAAAUAUGCAUGUAUUGAUUUAUCUUAGAUCAACUAAACAAUAUAUACUUAAAUCACAUGAUAUGACUACUGUCAAGUAUGAAAAGUUUAAACAACAAUCAGAUAAUAUAGUAUUCCCAUCACCAAAUAUUUCAAAAACACUAUCUUGUUUUAAAUUGGUUACAUCUUUAUCCAUUCAACUUGAUAUUGAUUUAAACAAUACAGCGGUAGACUUGGAAAUAGUUUUAAAAAAGCAAAUUGAAUCAAUGUAUUAUUCUAGUGAAUUAAAGGAUUCAAUGUAUUUGGUAAAUGGUGAUGAUAGUUUAAUCUUACCACCUACAACACUUGUAAAGAAUAUUAAAAAGAAUAAUAGUAAUAGUGAUGGUACUUCUUCUUCUUCUUCUUCUUCUUGUCACCAAAUUGAUUUAUUAUUAAAUCAACCAAUUUUAAAAUUAUCAAAUCAACCUACAACCAUAUCAACGACACCAAUAACAAUAGCUAGUGCUACAUUGGCUGAUUAUAGUGAUAUUCAACAACCACAACCAUUUAAAUUAAUGAUUCAAAGUGGAAUAUUUGAAUGUAAAGCAUAUAUAAAUGAAAAGGAAACAUUGGAAACUGCAAUCAAUUAUUUAUAUCAAGAUUUGGUUGGACAAUUCAUUUCUAGGUUAGAGACAUUGUUUGAUCAGAUCAUCACCAACAACCGAUCGAUUUCAAAGUACUUUACUUGUUUUGUUAAUAGUCCAACACUUCAAGUUCCACUACCAAAACGUGUGUCGAUUGGUUGGGUAGAUCAUAUUGACAUUUGUGAUUAUUUAAAUGAAGAUGAACCUCUACAAGAUUGUAAAAAUAGAUUAUUAGAGUUAUUAGGAUUAAAUCUUGAAGAAGUAAUUACUAGUAGUGACAAUGACAACCAACAACAACAAAAAAAACCAAAAUGGGUUCAUUCAUUUGAAUCUACCAAACAAGAGUUGGAAAGAUCAUCAAAGUUGACAGACUCUAAAACAGCCACAACAUCCAGAUCAACAACCAACAAGAAUAAUGGAUUCAAACAUAAAAUAUCAGAAAAUAGCAAUGUCAACGCAGACAAAAAUAGUAGUAGUAGUAGUAGUAGUAGUUCCAAAAGUAAUACUGUUAUUUAUAUAUUGAUACCAAUAUUAAUGGUUUUAAUUGCAAUGCUUUAUAACUUGGCAUUUUAA